CCUCAGCGCGCCUCCAUCCCACGCGCCACAACGCGCAACCGCCCAGCAUGCCGCCCUCGAUAUGCGCCGUGUGCAAGACCAACCGUGCCCUCAUCCUCCGGCCGAAGGACCACUCCAAGCUGUGCAAGCUGUGCUUCAUCGACGUGUUCGAGACGGAGAUCCACCACACCAUCGUCUCGACCAGCCUCUUCCAGCGCGGCGAGCGCAUCGCAAUCGGGGCGUCGGGCGGCAAGGACUCGACGGUGCUCGCGUCGGUGCUGAAGACGCUGAACGAGCGCUACGACUACGGGCUGGAUCUAAUCCUGCUGUCCAUCGACGAGGGCAUCAAGGGCUAUCGCGAUGACAGCCUGGAGACGGUCAAGCGCAACGCGCAGCAGUACGACAUGCCGCUGACCAUCCUCGGCUAUGCGGAGCUGUACGGGUGGACCAUGGACCAGGUGGUCGAGCAGGUGGGCAAGAAGGGCAACUGCACGUACUGCGGCGUGUUCCGCCGCCAGGCCCUGGACCGGGGCGCGGCCAAGCUGGGCGUCAAGCACGUCGUCACUGGCCACAAUGCGGAUGACGUUGCUGAGACCGUCCUCAUGAACCUCCUCCGCGGCGACCUCCCCCGCCUGUCCCGCACCACCUCCAUCGUGACGUCGACGCCCUCGCUCGCGCCCUCGUCCGGCCCCGUCGCCGACAACACCAACAUCAAGCGCUCCAAGCCGCUCAAAUACGCCUACGAGAAGGAGAUUGUCCUCUACGCCCACCACAAGCAGCUCGACUACUUCAGCACCGAGUGCAUCUACUCGCCCGAAGCCUUCCGCGGCAGCGCCCGCGCCCUGAUCAAGAACCUCGAGCGCGUGCGACCCAGCGCCAUCCUCGACGUCGUCCGCAGCGGCGAAGACAUGGCCCGCCUUGUGCCCGGCAGCGACGACGCCUGCGCCGGCUCCUGCAGCACCAACCCGCCCAUGCGCGUCGCCGAGGACGACGAGGCCGGCUGCGGCAGCGCCGUUGGUACGAGCAUAGCCAGUCUUGCGCCUAGCUCCGAAGCGCGUCCUCUCGAGACGGAGAUCACCCUCCCCGCUCGCCCCGCCCCGCCAGCAAAGGGCCAGAAGAAACCCCGCGCCGAGCGCACCGGCGGGCCUAAGAAGAAGGGGCCGGCAAAGCAGGUCAUGGGCACGUGCUCGCAGUGCGGAUACCUGUCCAGCCAGGCUGUGUGCAAGGCGUGCGUGCUGCUAGAGGGCCUGAACAAGAACCGGCCGAAGCGGGGGAUUGAGGUCGGCUCUGAAGUGCAGGACGUCAGUCUGAACAGCGUGAGGGACGAGCUGGAGGCCGCGAAGCUGGCGGUGGAGGGGUGAGCGCAGGGGAGGGCAGUACAACGGCGGACACCGCAGUGCUCAGUCGCGCCUCAGCACAGCGCCACGCAGUCGCAGUCGGAGAACACCGCACAGCGAGACAUGACGCACAAAGACUCCAGCCCAGCGCACACACACUACGCCCUCCGCCCUCCACCCUCCACCACACCUCUCCCCUCACCCAC